AUGAAGGACUGGCAGGAGAGGGCGAUCAGGGAGGGUAGAACACCUUUGCCUGACUAUCUCGGGGACAAACCAUCCCUGGCCACUGUUGGUGACCUACCUGCUCACCCCAAAUCCGUCCAGACCGGUAUCUCUUUUUCCCAUCGCUCCUCUUCCGCCACCGUUUCUACUCCUGCGCCUCAGAGUCUCAAUCAGUCCUACCGAUUUUGGUCAGAGUCUGACCUACGUCGCCUCAUCGAAAUGAGAAAUAGCGGAAUGGAAUGGAACGCUAUCGCGGUGGAAUUCCCUGAUCGGACACUGGAGUCUAUAAAGCAGACAUUCCACAAGCGACGUCACGCAGUAGAGAAGCGCAUGGCCGAGGAGCGCGCCGAUACCAGUAGCUAA